AUGUUCAUCGCGAUUGACGCCUGCUUUCGGUUGAAGAGAAGAACUAUCUCCAACGAGCUCCGUGACCCUGGCCUCGGAACAGGAUGGGCUUAUAUGUUGGAAUGGGCUCCUUAUCGCGAGUAUCUUCUAACAACCACUGAUCAGCAAGAGAUGAGUACUUGUAGUGGUCUUGCCGCGUUGGACCAUGCGAAUACCAAGUUUUCCAGAGGGUAUAGUGUUACCGGCGUCGGGAUGGGAGUUUGUGCCCGCCAUGAGUUUGUCCUACCCAAUGGAGUUGGCGAUUUACAAGCUGGAGAGCGCUACGCCAAUAUGGAUUACAUUUUCGCGUCGCUCAUGCGCCAUAUUUCCCCGAAACUCUUCAAAUUAGUCUCCUACGACAUUGCGUGCCAAUGGAUGAAAAAAUUGGUGGAGCGAUUGGAGCGUCUCCCGCCAAUGAUGCACAUCAAUGGACACCUCAUUAUCUGCCAAAUCAUCUUCUCCCUUUGGCUUCUCCUGGGUUCUGGCAUGACGGACGGCGAGGGUAUCGAACGACCCUGGAGCAUGAUCGGCGGUAUUGCGGCAAGCACUCGGGUUUCGGGUCCGGGCACUCGGUGGGACCAACUAGACGACCACUGGUCGUUUUGGAAUUGGCAGAAGACGCUAGGCCUUGCGACAAUCUUACGACGACGGACAGAUAGAGCCAAACAGGAACUCGAGAAGCAAGAAGAGGAUUUCGAGGCGCUAACCCUGGGGCAUGCCGAACGAGUGCCUGAAUGGAAGCGUCAGGUGGAAGCUUUCGAGGCUGACAAUGCCCAGCCUAGCCCCUACGAGGCCACAGCAAAAGGCCUGACUGAAUCAGACGUCCGGAAGAUGUAUGAAGAGGAAGAAGCGACACAAGAGAAGGCAGGGAUACUGCCCAUUCACGACGUUUCCCCCACCGAAUUUGUGGUCGCGCUGUUAGAUGCCGAAGCUGAUCAGCGUCGAAUUCGCGGUUUAGUGGAGUUGAAAAACUCGCGAGGGUCAAUCGGAGGAGUGAGCAUUCGCCGACAACGGCGUAAAUUGAAUCGGAUGAUCAAGCGUUUGCGGACGCUUCAAGCCACGUAUAUGCCAGCCGCUCUGCAACAUCUGGAAUCCUUGAAGGUGUCGCAAGACACGUACGCUGAGCGUGUACCUCUCCUCUGUCCUUCCGCAAUGGUCGGCAAAGAUUUCGAGAACGGGGGUUGUCGAGCGGGCUUAUUGGAAAUCGAGAAGGACUUCCGGGAUGCUCAAUGCCGUUCUGCGUUGACCUCCCUGCAACUUCAGCUCCACGUCAAGUCGCGACUUCUGACUUACAAAAAGAAUCACGCCCGGGCUCAGGCCACAAAUACGCGUUCUCGAACACUCGUGGACAAGAACGAGCGAAAAAUUCUCUUGCAUUCGGAGAAAUAUCAAGCCAGCUGGAAGGCUUUAGUAGCGAUUUUGGGUGGGGAAGACAAGGUUCACUGGCGCCAACUGCACAAGGCCGACAUCCGUUGUAUGGAGGCGCCCGAAGAUGCGUUAUUGCGGGAGCAGAAGCGGUUGCGGGCUGAGCGAGAGGAAGAGAAGCGGAAGGCAGAGCUGCGUCGGGCUGGACUGCCAGAUCUGCCGCGCUUCGGAUUGAAUGGGCUAAAUCAUAUGCACGAACUUCGAAGAUGGCGGGAGGAAGUUCGUAUUCUUGCCGCAGAAUGGGAACGAAUGCCUUUGUCGUUUGGUGCCGAAGAAGCCAAUUGGGCUAAACGGGGAGCGCAAGUGGAAAUCUCCCGGGUUGGCGCUGCGCAGGCCGAAGGCCUAAUUGCAUAUGCAGCAAGGCAUGCUGACAUGUACCGAAACCUUUCGCGACGGGCAGAACUGGUCCGAACUGAGCCUAAACUGGGGCGUGGUCAGCGACGGGAACGAGGCGUAAACGAGGUGUAUACGACAUGGAGCGGGGGCGACGCCGACGCUGGUAGCGGCCAGCGCGAUGUAGAGGACGGUUUGGUGGAUCCUGAAGAUGCGGAUGAGCACGGGAAUACUAGUGACGAGGAGGAUGAUGAGGAUUGA